CCGCUACUUCCCUUAAGAAAGAUGGCGGCGGCCUGUUUGGGCUUCCGUUGACUGUGUCGCGGACUUUGCUCCUGGCCAUCUCGGGGCUCAGGGCGCUCAGUGGAUCCUUCCUUGAAGAUACUUGAGGUCGUAUUAAAGAGCUGAAAGAAAAUGGUGUCCAAGCAGGCCUUCCUCUGCAGCCUAGGCUCCGUCUACUUGUCUCUGCUGUUUGUUUUCCUCCUCAUGGACGUUUACGCUAGGCCUGCGAACAACUCGGCCUUAAAGGAGAAGGGAGCUGACAAGGACGAGAAUGAGAUCCUACCCCGAGACCACCUGAAUGGCGUCAAAAUGGAGAUGGACGGGCACCUGAACAAAGACUUUCACCAGGAGGUCUUUUUGGGGAAAGAGAUGGAGGAAUUUGAUGAAGAUUCAGAACCACGAAGAAACAGAAAAAAACUCAUGGCAAUCUUUGCAAAGGUGGACGUUAAUAACGACAAAAGAAUCAGCGCCAAAGAAAUGCAGCGAUGGAUCAUGGAGAAGACGGAGGAGCACUUUCAGGAAGCUGUCAAAGAGAACAAGAUGCACUUCAGGGCAGUUGAUCCCGAUGGUGAUGGCCGUGUGUCUUGGGAUGAAUAUAAAGUAAAAUUUUUGGCAAGCAAAGGCCACAACGAAAAAGAGAUUGCGGAAAAAAUAAAAAACAAUGAGGAGCUGAAAAUUGAUGAAGAAACCCUGGAAGUUCUCGAUAAUCUCAAGGAUCGCUGGUAUCAGGCUGACAACCCUCCGGCUGACCUGCUGCUAAAUGAGGAGGAGUUCCUGUCCUUCCUCCAUCCAGAGCAUAGCAGGGGAAUGCUUAAGUUUAUGGUCAAGGAGAUUGUCCGGGACUUGGACCAGGAUGGCGAUAAGAAGCUGGUUUUGUCCGAGUUCAUUUCCUUGCCUGUGGGGACAGUUGAAAACCAGCAGGCCCAGGACAUUGAUGACGACUGGGUGAAAGACAGGAAGAAGGAAUUUGAAGAAGUUAUUGAUGCUAACCAUGACGGGAUUGUCACCAUGGAUGAGCUCGAGGAGUACAUGGACCCCAUGAACGAAUACAACGCUCUCAAUGAAGCCAAACAGAUGAUAGCCGUGGCCGAUGAGAACCAGAACCACCACCUCGAGAUGGAGGAGAUCCUGAAAUACGGGGAAUACUUCACGGGGAGCAAGUUAAUGGACUAUGCCCGGAACGUCCACGAAGAGUUCUGAGGUCUCCCUCCUGCGGAGCUUGCUGCACCUUCUCGCGCUCCUGCCCUUGUUCCUGCCCCACUGACGAGAGAAUAGAAUUCUCCUGCUGCUAUUUGUGGUGUGAGUGCGUGUGCACAGUGUGUGUGUGUGUGCGAUUGUGUGUGUGUGUGUGUGUGUGUGUGUGUGUGUGCGUGUGCGUGUGUGUGCGUGUGUGUGUGCGCUCGUGCACUCACACUGUUCUGGAACAGAGAACCUUCCGUCCACCUAGAACUCUAAACGUGUGGGUCUGUUGUCCUGCAGCCCAUCCCAGCUCAGCAGGGCAGUGGCCACUUGGAAUGCUUUUCCCAGAGCCGACCACCAUCUCUUCAAUCAGACCCGUCCUUUGGCUUGUGACACCCCUCCCGGAACCAGCUGAGGGGGAGGGGGAUGUGGGGGCUUCUCUGUGGCUUAGGAAGGAGGGGCCAGUGCUUGGCCGGCAGGCCGAGGAAGGACAGGGAUGAUCUUUCCCAACAAGUCGGGGCACCCCACUUAGCCCUGAGCCUGUGGGAAUGUGGCCUCCAUUAAUGUUUACUCUGGCUGCCUUGAGUUGGUCCUUAGAAGUCAUCCGGGGAAAGGAUCUGAACUGGGCGCGAGCAGCACGAUCUCCAUGUUCUUUUGGCAUUUUCUGGAGCAGUCCUGGGCCCGCUUGGAGCUGGCCACACCAGAGUGACGGAGGCUCUAGUUCGGAGGGGACGGGCUCUCCCUCCUCGUCCCCAGUGAGGAAGCUGCCCCACUCCGCAUCAGACUGUUGGGAGACACAUCUGGAUCGGGCCUCCCCUGCCCUUCCUGUAUUGUUAUUUUGUCCCAGUGGCAGUUUUGUUUUUCAAAUUUAUUAAAAAUCUCCUCAGAAA